UCUUACACAACACCCAAGCACCUGGCUGUUAUUGGUGGACACGCAUCGCUGGCCAUGUUAGUUGGGCACAGCGGGACUAAAGGACUCUUCUGUCAGCACUCAGCCACACCUUAAUGAGCAAAGCAGAGGCAAGAGGGCAACAUGCAGUCCGUUGUGCUGUUGGCGUUGGAGCUGCUGAUGGUGUCGACGUUUGUGGACAGCUACACUGGAAAAGUGUUGCUGGUGUCGAUGGACGGCUUCCGGUGGGACUAUGUCAACAAGAUUUCUGGGCUGACCAACUUCAGUAAGAUGGCGGCCUCGGGUGUCACAGUUGAUUACGCCAACAGCACCUUUGCCACCAAGACCUUUCCUUGUCACUACAGCAUCAUAACAGGUCUGUUCGAGGAGAGCCAUGGAAUCGUUGGAAACACCAUGUAUGACCCUGAACACAACGCCACCUUCGGGAAAAAUAGCAUCGAGUCCUUCUGGUUUGAUGGCGGCGAGCCCUUGUGGGUGACCACGAUAAAACAAAAUAAAAAAGCAGGAGUUUUCUUCUGGCCAGGGAGCGAAGCAGAAAUCCGUGGUCAUCGUCCCACCUUGUACAUGAAGUACAACGAAAGCAUUCCGUUCGAACACAGGAUAAACACAGCCUUAGGAUGGUUCACAGAGCAAAAUAUGAGUUUUGUGGCGAUGUACUUCAAUGAACCAGACACCAUGAGUCACAAGUAUGGUCCUGACUCCCAGCAAGUCGCUGAUAAGGUGAGGGAGAUGGACGGUGUUCUGGGUAAAAUCCUGGACACAAUGGACGCCAAGAACCUGAGUGACAGCGUGAAUGUCAUCGUGGUUUCCGAUCAUGGCAUGACGGACAGCAAUCUGACCACACAGAUGAUCGACAUGUGGGAGGUGGUGAACAGCUCGCUGGUGGAGCGGGUGGUUGACAGCGGCGUCGUCACCGCCAUCAUCCCCGCCCCGGGUCGCGAGCAGGAACUGGUGGAGACGCUGAGGAACCAGAGUCACGUGACGGUGUACCGGAAGGACGAGAUCCCAGAUCGCUUUCACUACAAGAAUCAUCCCCGCAUCAUGCCCGUCAUCGUCCUCGCUGACGAGGGCUGGCAGUUCAGCGCGAACGUGACUACUUUGAGAAGAACUAACAUGACUGCUGACCAUGGAUACAGCAAUGAACUAACCUCUAUGAGGGCCAUCUUCUUCGCCAGGGGCCCCGACUUUAAGAAAGGUGUGAAAGGUACCUCCAUCCGCCUGGUGGACAUCUACCCUCUAGUAUGUAAGCUGCUGAACAUCCAACCGGCGCCAAACAACGGCAGCCUGGACAACACGGCCAUGUUCCUCGAGGACCCGGUUGUAACUGGCAGGGCAUCUCUUCAUCUUGGGAACAGUUUGGUGGCUCUCCUCAUUGUAACAGCGAUGAUUUCGCUCAUCAGUUAAUGAAGUUCAAUGUUAGGACCCAUUUUAGUGAAUCCUUCAAACUUUUUGUCCUGUUUUGUUCCGAAAACGUUGGCGACAUCUGGAAAGACCUUUAUGAUGAGACCUGGUGGGUACUGGUCGCUUUUAGUACAUGUACGUACACUUUAACAGAUUCCUUAGUAGAAUAUUGCCGAAUGUAUUUUAUCAUUCUUGAUGUUUUAUAGCUUGUUUCUUUCUUAAAGUAUGCGACUGUCACUUCUAUUUACCUUUUAGACGUGUUCGAAAUAUUUACAUAAAACUCACGCUAUGCAAAUACUCGUUUCCAAGACAUUCAGAUUUGUUUCUGAACGUAAAAAUAUUUUCUGGUGUCAGAAUUAAAUCCCUAAUAACACUUCCUUGUGUAAGCAAGUACUGUCCUGAUACAGUACCGAUGCUUCGAUCUUUUGUGACAAAUGUUCUAAGGCUCAACAGUAUAUUUGGUGAUUAAAUUCAUUUAAGUAUUUUUUUAUUAUGGAGAUGUUGUCGGUGAUCGCCCAUAUCCAUAAUAUCAUAAUGUAAACAUCCAAGUCCCAAUGCACCUAAUUAUACCCUUCGGACACGGAUAACUUUUAUUAUCUAAGUGAACGUCAGUCCAAAAGUUUAAUGACAGCUUCUGAGGGACAAAUAGGCGUAUUUACUUUUCUUUUUUUACUUCUAGUAAUCAUAUAUUCUAUCUCAGGGUUUCAAUAACAGCGCAAAGACAAGUAAAUAUUUCGAGCUUCAAAACAAAAAACAAAAAAAAAAAAAGAGCAAUUUUAGUUUUUGAGGAAUAAAUGUUUUAUUAUGACCAGAAACAUAUUGUACAGCUGUAUGAAGAUAUGUACACCCAGAGAGAUUUUCCCUCUUUAUAAAAUACACUUCCAUGCACACUGGUCCAGUUAAGCAAGACCUGCUUGCCUCUACUGGUAAAGCAUCGGUAGAAAUCAGAUUCUAUACGAAGUUUAGGAAAUCAGCUGGACAGAUAAGAGGACAGAACUGUUUAGUAAACGCCGUUGGUAUACAAUUCAUAAUCUAAGAGAGUAUACAAACAAGUAAAUUUAACAGUCGCCAUGGCGCGUGUGAAGAUUCUACGACUGGUGAGGAGAGUCAGCCCGGGGGAGAAUACCUUUUGAUAACGUACACCUUCACACACCCACUCAGUCGCAUCGCCCGACUAACAGCAAAGGGACAACCAGAUAUCCUAUUAUUAUUAUCAUAAAACACUCGGAUCCUCUGGACCAAGGAGAUCGGCGAUCAAAGCGAGUGUUGUUGAAGGGGAGGGCGGAAAACCCUUCACAUCCGCAGUCCCCAUUCUCCUAUCUUUCUUUAGCACUAUCUCACCCUCUCCAGAGAUACUUCCCAACUCCAGGACAUCUGUUCUAACAAUCGCUUUUAUACAUAUUCACCUUGCACUCCAUUGUGAAAUCUUACCAUAGCUUUAUUACUACUCAUUCUUCUAGUACUUAAUUACUUUAGUUACUUGUAUUAUUCUUUCCUCUUAAAGAGCGGGCUAAAUGGAAAAGAAUUAUUGUUUGCUUACUUUACCUCUCAUUAAUAAAGAAUUGUCAUUGCCAUCGUUCUCGUUAAUAAAGAAUUGUCAU